AUGGCCAUUGUCUCCAUGGGGGUUGUGAUGAUGUCCCAGAUGUGGAUGCUGAGAUGGGUCAUGCUACUGAUGGGGCUCCAGCUGACACAAGCAGGUUGGAUGACUAUAAUCAGUUUUGUUUUCUCAUUUGACAAUAUUAUUGCACUAUAUUACACAACAUGUGCAACCCCCAGUACUACUUCGUUCCCUGACAUGACAAAUCUCAUUGUAACUACAGUUGUACCGAAUCCUGACCAUCGGUUCACAUGCAGCACAUGGGGAAAUUUCCACUUCAAGACCUUUGAUGGUCAUUUCUUUCAAGUGCCAGACACGUGCAACUACAUUCUGGCCAGUUUGUGCAACAGAGAGCUGAUUUCUGAUUUUAACAUUAAAAUUCAAAGAAAGAUUGUAAAUAACUCAGUCACUUUCAGCAAAAUCACAGUAGAUCUUCAGGGGACAGUCAUUGAACUCACCAACGACAAUAUCAUCAUGGACAAACAAGUGUUGUAUAAUGCAACACAUAAGAAUGGAAUUACAGUCAUGUUGAGUACAUCAAGUGUUAAGAUCUCUAACAAUCAUGGGGUGAAUGUCUUUUGGGAGAAGGACCAAUCUUUAUUGAUUGAACUUCCGGAAAAGUACCAAAACCAGACCUGUGGACUUUGUGGAAACUUCAAUGGCAACAAGACUGAUGAUUCAUUUGACAACGGUUUGGCCACAUGGAAAGUGCCUCUAUUAGAAUCUUGUGAGGACGUCAUAAUUCAACCUAAUGAUCAGUGCAAAAACCAGACAAGCGUUUGCCAGCAGUAUCUCCGCAGUCCAGGGUUUGAUGACUGUUACAAUGUGAUGGACAUGGGUUCAUUUGAAAAAGCCUGUGAAGUCGACCUGUGUCAGUGUUACGCCAAUCACGACUGUCUCUGCAACACGCUCACAGAGAUUUCACGACAAUGCACUCAUGCUGGAGGAAUACCAGGAACAUGGAGGACAGAACAGCUCUGUCCAAAGACAUGUCCUCUGAACCUGCAAUAUCUGGAGUGUGGGAGUCCGUGUAAGAACACCUGCUCAGAUCCAGAUGCAAAUCAGCGGUGUAAAGAGCACUGUGUGGAUGGCUGUUUCUGUCCUGUUGGUACGGUUGAGGAUGACAUUGGUCAGAGUGGCUGUGUUAAUGUAAAUGAAUGCCCUUGUGAACAUGACGGCACAGUAUAUCGAUCAGGAGAGUCUUACAAACAAGCUUGCAAAAAAUGUAAGUGCACUGCUGGACGCUGGACUUGUACAUACCUGGAUUGUCCCGGAAUCUGCUCUGUUGUUGGAGGGUCUCACGUCACCACUUAUGAUGGAAAGACCUUUACCUUCAGCGGCAACUGUGACUACAUCCUCACUAAGCACUCUAAUGACAGUGGCAUUGCAGUUGUGGGAAAUCUGGCACAGUGUGAUUGGGGCCGAUCAGACACAUGUCUAAAUUCAGUUACCCUUGUCAUCUCAGGGACCACUAUUAGUUUUUCCUCCAGUGGUGCUGUGACACUGAAUCGAAACAGUCCAUAUAAGCUUCCUGUGACCACAGGUCCUGUGAGCAUCUUCCAGCCCUCUUCCUCCUUCAUCAUUGCUGAUAUGAAGAGUCUUCGUCUAGAGAUACAGUUGGCUCCAGUCAUGCAGUUGUAUAUUGUAGCCAGCACUGAAGAGAAAGGAAAGAUGAGUGGUCUGUGUGGAAACUAUAAUGAUGUCCAAUUAGAUGACUUCAGAAUAGAGUCGGGCAUCACAGAGGGCACACCAAUACCCUUUGUCAACUCUUGGAAACCAAACAGUUGUCCAAAUCUUGAAAACACAUUUGACAACCCCUGUAGUCUGCAUUCAGAGAUAGAGAAGGUAGCUAUUAACUGGUGUUCCCAUCUUACCGACCCAAAUGGAGUAUUUUCUGCAUGUCAUUCAGAAAUAUCUUCUGAGAUUUACUACCAAGUGAUGGUGUGCCCCUAUGACACAUGCAAAUGGUGGCAGUAUAGCGUUAACGAGUGGCGAAUGUAUGUGUGCAAGGCCGUGUCCAACUAUGCCCACACCUGUGCUGCCAGAGGAAUUAUUCUCCAGGGCUGGAUGGAUUCUUGACCCUGCACAGUGACUAAGUGUUCAGCCAACAUGAAGUACUCCUACGGCGUGACCAGCUGUGGCAGCACAUGCCACUCUCUUAGUGUACAAGAUAGCACCUGCCAAGGGUCCUUCACACCUGUAGAUGGUUGUGUAUGUCCUGAGGACACCUACCUCAAUGAUGUCAGGAAGUGUGUGCCUGCUGACCAGUGUCCUUGUUACAGUGGCAACCAGGUCAUAGAACCAUCAGGAAUAAUCUACAAUAAUGGUGUUAAAUGCACCUGUAACCUUGGCAAAUUACACUGCUCCAGCCAAGAAGAUUGUGAGGAUCCAAUGGUCUUCUUCAACUGCUCAAAUUAUGAACAAGGACGCAAAGGGACAGAGUGUCAGAGGACAUGUGAGAAACAAGACCCCAACAAUUGUGUGAGUACGGGGUGUGUAUCAGGGUGUAUGUGUCCAGAUGACCUUCUGGCUGAUGGAAAAGGUGGGUGUGUGAAGAGGACAAACUGCACCUGUGUCCACAACGGACUCAGCUAUUCACCUGGAGAGCAAGUUCAAGAGGACUGUAACACCUGCACAUGCACAAAUGGGAUGUGGACUUGUACUGAAAAGGCAUGCUACGGCACCUGUACCAUCUACGGUGAAGGUCAUUUCAGGACUUUUGAUGGCAGGAGAUACUCCCUCUACAGAGAAUGCGAACACACCAUAGCCCGUGAUAAUUGCAAUAUGGACCAGACUCUCUCCUUCAGCCUUGUCACACAGAACAAAUUCUGUGAGACCACCAACACCAUCUGCAAGUCUAUCAGUCUCGAAUUUGGGAGAUAUGAGAUACUUUUAUCAGAGGAUGGAGUCAAAGUUGUUGAAAGCAACGGCACUGAUUACCAAUAUAAGAUCCAUUCUGCUGGAAUAUAUGUUGUCACAGAGGUCAAAGGUCUUUUGAACUUAAUCUGGGACAAUAAAACAAGUUUAAUGCUUCAACUCGAUCCCAUUUUGUGGGGGGGGGUGUGUGGUGUGUGUGGUGUUUUUGAUUUUAAUGAUGGUAAUGCGAAAAAUGACUUUAUGAAGCACAAUGGAGAAGUGGUGACAGAUCCAGAAGAUUUUGGAAAUAGCUGGAAGGUGAAUCCCGACUGCCCAGAUGUGACAAACAUGAUAAAUGUUUGUAAAGAAAAUCCACAUCGGAGAGUCUGGGCUGUAAAACAGUGCAGCAUAAUAACAACUGAUGUCUUUAAAGACUGCCAUGCACUUUCUGUCCCAAAGCUUGCAGACUUCAUGAAGGCUAAAAAAGAUGAAUUUGCUGACGUUGCUAACUUGAACAUCUACAACAACUACAGUGUCAGCCACAACUCCUACAACUACUACCACUACUACUGUAACACCACCAUCUACAACUACAAUUACUACAGUGUCAACCAAACCUACUACAAUACCUACUACCACUACUACUGUAACACCACCAUCAACAACAGGAACAUCAACUGCUAUCUCUACAACAACUACAGUGUCAACCACAACUCCUACAACAACUACCACUACUACUGUAACACAACCAUCGACAACAGGAACAUCUACUGCUAG